AUGAAGAAAGGCAAACUACCUUUCAGACCAACGAACCAAUUUUUGUUGUACAGGACGGCGUUGAUCAAAACUCUCUUUAAGAACGGUUAUUACGAAUAUAACAUGAGAGAGAUUUCGAGGCUGGCUUCAAAGUUAUGGAAGCUUGAGCCUGAAUAUGUUCAACGUGAAUACCGGAUCUUGGCUCUCAAGGUCAAGAAGAUUCACAGGGAGUACGAGUUGCAUUCGAUCCAUAGAAACACUCUCAUGAACAAAGUUGAUGUCAUUCGUGUCCGUGAUUCACCCAAUGAUUGGUCACGUGGUGACGGUUAUUUCGUGCCGUCACCUAAUCGAGAUUACUGCAACCUUGAAACUCCCAAUUUUCACAAUCCGACACCUUACAAUGUGUUCAGUGACAACACUUUAAUCACACACGAUGCACCGAGCAUCGACACAUUUAAUAUCUCCUGCGGUUCAAAUUUCGAAGAAUCACCACCGAUCGUGUAUCCUAUUCACAAUUUGAUGAAACCAAACGUCGAGUCCUUCAUCCCCUCUCAUGAGCCAAAUGUCAAUGUGCUCAACUCCUAUCAUCCCAAUCCCGAACCACCGGUUGUGUACACCAUUCACAACUUGAUGGUGCCAAAUAUCGAACAAAAUAAUUUUCCCCAUUUUGCGACGGCCAAUGAUGUUCGAUUUUGCAACUACGACCCGAAUCUCGAUUACUAUGUCUAA